UGUGUGUGCGUACGAGUGUGUGCUCACACUGAGAAGAGGAGGUGGUGGACAGAGAGGAGGGAGUGUAUGUAGGCAUGCAAGUGAGAAUCAGGGGAAGGAGUGACAGGCAAGAGGGAAAGAGAAGCAAGGUGCUUUUACUCAUCUUACCACUGAUACACUCCCCACAAACACACACACACUGGAGGAACUACACCCACAACCUCUACUACAGCAGUGAGCAUAUACACGUGUGUGAGUGUGUGUGUGUGUUUCCUGUGCUGGGAGCGAAUAGAAGGGAUCUCUGAGGAUACACGGAUGAGAAAGAGGUGUGGGGGAGCCAAGGAAGAGGAGCCCGAGUGUGUUUCGCCCCAGGGAGAGCUCUCACACACACCGCAGACAGCACACACACUCCAGCGGGGCACUCGGCACUGUUUCCCUGACAACUAGAAUGGGCUGCAAUUUGUGCACCUUGCAGAAACGGGAGGAACACUACAAACUGCUGUAUGAGAUUGCACAGGUGAAUGCACGCGACUUUUCCAAGGUCGAGCAUGAGGAGGCAGUUGUGGAGGCCAUCAGGCGAGACCCCAUCGUUGUCCAGGUUCUUCGGCGAACCCCCACCAGAGGCACAGCUGCUGUUGCACAUAACCACGGCGGCACGCCACAGGAUGUGUGUGUGGUGGACGUUUGCACGCAAACAGAUAUCACCUUCGAGCACAUCAUGGCAUUGGCGAAGCUUCGGCCUGCUACUCCACCUGUACCUGACAUCUGUCCCUUUCUUUUGUCUGACAGUUGCCAUUCCAUCCACACCAUGGAACAUGAGUUUUAUGAAUGUCCGGAGUACCUGUCCAAUACCCCAGCAGAGGUGGAGAGGACUGAAGAGUAUGAGUAUGAGGAGGUAGAGCUGUGUAGGCAGAACAGCCAGGAGAAGCUCGGUUUGACGCUGUGCUACCGGACUGACGAUGAGGAGGACACCGGCAUCUACGUCAGCCAGGUGGAACCAAACAGUAUAGCAGCCAGAGAUGGACGUAUCAAGGAAGGAGAUCGUAUUCUACAGAUUAAUGGCUGUGAAGUGCAAGACAGAGAGAAAGCUGUUGCCUUGCUGUCAAGUGAAGAAGCAAGGAGCAUCAUACUCCUGGUGACAAGACCAGAAAUGCAGCUGGAGGAGGAGGUAUGGCUUGAUGAGGAGCAACAGGAGCUUGUGGAGGAGCUUAAGAUGGAGAUCCUGGAGGAGAGGAGGAAGCAGAAGGAACAUAACUUUGACAGGAGAGAUGAGCAUCAAGCUGAAGAAGAGAUGACAACAGAUACUGCUACCUGUUCCUCAAACAAUCAAGACAAAGACAGUGGGUUUGGACGCAGUACAGACAGUCCAGAACACCAACCCUUGCUGGGCAGACUACACAGGAGGACCCCAGCCCAUUGCCUGAGGGAACGAUGGCGGGCAGAGCAUCCACACACAAGACGAGGGACUGUAGUGCCACAGGACACCCAGGGUCAGAGGAUAUUGUCCAAAGGCCAAGGCCAUGAAGGGGUAGUCAGUAUUCGCAAUGGUGGAGGCGGGGUCCUAGGUUUAGAGAAUCGGUUCCAGCAACUCUUAGAGCUCAAGUGUCAAAUCCGGAAUGGAGGUGAGUGUGGGGUGUACUCCAUUCGACACAGUAUAGAGUGUAGUCUCACUGAGCAAGGAGGAGGGGAUGGAGAUGACCUAGAUGGUAUUGGAGGGGGGAAUGGAGUGGAGCAAGAGUUGAGGAUGCUAAAUGAGGAACUGCGCAGCAUUGAGCUCGAGUGUCAAAGCAUCAUGCAAGCGCACCAGCUACGCCAGAACCAGCAGCUAGACCCCUCACAACUUGCAUCCUCCCCAGGGCAGAGCCCCAAAGACGGACACAAACGACAUGGCAGGUUGGCAGACAUCCAUGAAUACCCAGAGAGGUCAGACAGCGAUAAGAUCCGAGAAAAAGACAGCUCCAGUGCCUAUAACACGGCGGAGAGUGCACGGUCAACACCACUAGGUAUGGAGAGAUCUCCUGAUCAUUCUCUGCAGAGACACAUCCGCAUUACCAACCAGAAAAACCUCAGACUGGCUUCCUCCACACCCUCCAGUCCCAUCCCUAUCCCCAAGCCCCAGGGUACACCCAGUCGGAGCAGACCAGCAGACCCAGGCUCUGUUAUUUCCAGCAGUCCAGAUCAGAGCAACCCUUCCCGAUCUGAGUCAGACCCUGCCCUGCCUGCAGAUGAUGAGAGGUGUGAGAAGAAAGGGAGAACCAGAGAUUCGAGGAGGGGGCUUCCUUAUGGUUCUUAUCAGACAACCCCUUAUCAAGGCCCAGGAGGAUCCAGGCAACUUCAGAGCUACAUGCAGCUGCUACAACAGCACUCAUCCCUGGAGUAUUCCCAGAGCCAGCUGAGUCUGCUCAGUGUCUGUCGAGAUCCUGUGCACCGGAGCGGACGCCCUGGGGAACCUCGCCUAGAGUGGAAGGUCAAAGUUCGCGCUGAUGGCACACGCUACGUUGCCCGGAGGCCUGCUCGUGACCGCAUCCUGAGGGAGCGGGCGCUGAGGAUCCGAGAGGAGAGGAGCGGAGGCAUGACCACAGAUGACGAUGCUAUGAGUGAAAUGAAGAUGGGCCGCUACUGGAGCAAAGAGGAAAGGAAGCAGCAUUUGGCACGGGCUAGGGAGCAAAGGAAGAGGAGGGAGUUCAUGCAAAAGAGCCGUCUUGAGUGUCUCAAGGAGGGGCCCACCAGUGGAGCUGAAGGAAGGAAGGAGAUCAAUAUCUUGGAGCUGAGUCACAAAAAGAUGAUGAAGAAACGAAAUAAAAAGAUCCUGGAUAACUGGAUGACCAUUCAGGAGCUGAUGAGCCAUGGGGCUAGAGUCCCAGAGGGCUCCAAAGUGCAUAACGCCUUCCUGUCUGUCACAACUGUGUAAGGGAAUAUCGAACACUUUAAUAUCAGGUAGUCUGCUUUUCAGGAACUACUGCUUUAUGUAAAAAAAAAAAAAAAAAGUCUGUGAAAUGGAAUUUGUCACUGCUGAGGACGUCUGUAGCAACCCGAAGGCACCGUUGUAACUAUCACUUUAAGAAUGUCUGAAUACAUUAAGUCAAUCAUUACAAAACCUCAGCCACUCAGAACAUUGUUUUUACACUGGCUUUUUGGUAAUGCACUGGCUUCUAAGAGCAGAUGAUUUUGGUAGCAUAUUGGUUCAAACUGACUCACACAAAAAAGUGAAGAACCAACAUAUUAACUUCAUGUAUACGAUGUAUUAUGUCUCCAUAUUCUCCACUCUUCUGUUUCAUUGCAUAUGAAGCGACUUCACUUGCCUCGUUCAAGGUGGCAUUUUUUUAUAAUGGGGGAAAAUACAAUAUUUUUCACACUUUGUAAACUCAGUAACUUUUUGUAAGGAAUUUUUCUACACUGAAUGUCAAUGUACUGUAAACAUUUUAUUGUAAUUUCUUAUUUAUGUUUGUAUCACCAAACCAUGAAGGUCAGAAUUGACACUAUUUGAUUGUACUGUAGCCUGCAUUAUAUGCCAGACAAACACAAAGAGAAAUGAGAAACUUUGUGAAAUCUCUGAAGGACAACGACUCCACAUCUGAAACACUUUUUGAUAAUGUCAAGAGUGAUCUGAAAAAUUGAAAGCACUGGAAAUAUACUUAUAUUAACUUAAAAGCUCAUAUUAUUCAUGAGUUGUGAGGGCUUUUUUGAAACAGUUUACCUCAACACACAGUCAAAACUUUAAUCUGUCAAGUAGUUGAAUGCCCGGUUAAUUCAAACAUUGACUUAAGUAGCCCUUCAGUCAACCCUGAACCCUCACUAUAAACCAUAAAUUAUGUGUGAAUUAUGUUUAAAAUGUUAAAUAGAUUCAUAUUUAUAUUAUUUACUGUUAUUUCUAUUUAUUGUAAAUUUUUAUGGUCUGUCUGAUAAAUGUUUCACAUCAAGUGGCUACCCUUGAAAGGCCAACAUAUUUCAAGGCACUAUCAAGAAAAUGUAUCAUACUGCAGCCUUUAAACUCGAACCUGCUGCUUUUUCACUGUAAAGUUCAUAAAA